AUGGCUCAUGUUUAUUUGGCUUGGGAACAGAUUUUUUUGGAAGAAAGAGUUCUUAUAAUGGAAAGACGUUUAGAAAGGAGAAUUUUAAGAGAUGGUCAAAAUCCUUUUGAGUUACCAAAUGACGAGUUCAUGAGUUCAUUUCGUUUAAACCAACAAUUGGUUAUAAAUAUAAUUAAUACAUUGAGGCCAUCAUURCAGCAUAGAAGAACUUCUGGAUUAUCUCCAGAAAUACAAGUAUUAGUUUGUCUGCACUUUUAUGCACAAGGGAGCUAUCAAAAAGGAUUAGGUGGUAAUAGUAUGUUAAAUAUAAGCCAACCAUCAGUCAGUCGAUGCAUACAUGCUGUGACUGAUGCUAUAAAUCAGCGUCUGUUCAGAAAAUGGAUUAAAUUUCCAAUGACUGGUGCUGAACGACAAAGGGCACGAGAAAAUUUUGCACAUGCUCUUUWACCAUUUGAAGGUACAAUUGGAGCUAUUGAUUGUACAUAUAUACAUAUACUUGCUCCUCCGCAACAUGAAGAAGCAUAUGUUAACCAUCAUGGUAAACAUUCACUGAAUGUGCAAGCAAUUGUAAAUUCCAAACUACAAAUUUUGAAUAUGAAUGCAAGAUACCCCGGGGCUAGAAAUGAUUCAUAUAUUUGGAGUAUGUCACCCGUCCGCCGGGCAAUGGAAUACCAUUAUAGUAAUGGUGAACGCCAAACAUGGCUGAUAG